AAAUCCCGUACGCAAGAGCGUGAAGGUUUGCAACCAGGUGCCUCAGUUUUAACCCAUUACAGUCUUCAAUAGUUUGCGCUGACAUAAAUCCCCAUUGAUUGGGUGAUGGUUUCCCCCUCUUUUUGUGGCACUCCUAAAGACAGGCAGUAGGGUGCUGUGGAGACCUUUCUUGUCAACGGCAGCAGGGAAGAGAUCCGAUUGUUUUCCUUGAGUUGCCAUGACUGAUUUCCGGAAUGGAAUUUCCCAACAGCCUGAAUAUCUCGCAUUCAAUGUUAUUAAUGUAGCGUCUUACAUGUGACUUUUGGGACAAUGAGGCUGAGAGUGCGUAAGGCAUCUCAGCAGCGGAGCGCCACCCCGUCCGCCCGGACUGCCAAGACCAAGAGGAAGCUCUCCGAGGUGGAACACGCUUUGCCCUCCGAAGACGGCAAGAUGCAGAAACGAGACACGGGCAUUUUCUCCACCAUCAAACGGUUCAUCAGAGGCAAUGCUGUCAAGGUGGAGCAGUGCCCUCCUGCUAAGAGAAGCCGUGUAGACUGUGAUUCGGACAGUAAUCUGAUCACAUCCACUCCGACCGGUGGGAACCUGCCCAGCAGAGCAAACCCCAGAGCCCGCAGGAAAGGCCCUGUCAAUGGAGAUACUAUGACCGGUCAGAGUAUACCAGUGAAGCCCAACGGGAAGCUGGAGGUGCAGGCAGAAACCCCGAGCAGUCCCCCCCGCACCACCCUCCUGGGAACCAUCUUCUCUCCCGUUUUUAGCUUCUUCUCACCCGCCAACAAAAACGCUACAACGGGCUCUGACUCCCCGGGUCAGGCGGUGGAAGCUGAGGAGAUCGUGAAGCAGCUCGAAAUGGAGCAGCUCGAGGAAACCCCGACCAGCACUACCACCGACGGCCGAGACCUGACCUUUGACCCUGCACUAAACCCUCGACCGCUGCCUCUCGUAGACACACCGGUAGAGGAAGCAGAGAUCGUCACAGAGGCUGAUAUGCCUCCGCUAACUGCCGUAGGAUGCAACAGCAAUUACCCGGAUGUCCCGCCAUCACCUCCUCCAGAGGGGACUUAUGAAGAGGACUGGGAAGUUUUUGACCCUUAUUUCUUUAUCAAACACGUGCCACCCUUGACUGAAGAGCAGCUCACCCGUAAGCCUGCGCUCCCUCUGAAAACCAGGAGCACGCCCGAGUUCUCCCUCGUCCUGGAUCUGGAUGAGACGUUGGUCCACUGCAGCCUCAAUGAAUUGGAGGAUGCAGCUUUGACCUUCCCUGUGCUUUUCCAAGACGUCAUUUACCAGGUGUACGUCCGGUUACGGCCAUUCUUUAGAGAAUUCCUGGAACGCAUGUCUCAGAUUUAUGAGAUUAUACUCUUCACCGCUUCCAAGAAGGUAUAUGCUGACAAGCUGCUGAACAUCCUGGAUCCGAAAAAACAGUUGGUUAGGCACAGAUUGUUUCGCGAGCACUGCGUAUGCGUCCAAGGCAACUACAUCAAAGAUCUUAACAUCCUCGGGAGGGAUCUCUCCAAGACGGUGAUCAUAGACAACUCUCCUCAGGCUUUUGCCUACCAGCUUUCCAAUGGGAUCCCCAUUGAGAGUUGGUUUGUGGACAAGAAUGACAAUGAGCUCCUAAAGCUGGUGCCGUUUUUGGAGAAGCUGGUAGAACUGAACGAGGACGUUCGGCCAUACAUAAGAGAGAGAUUUCGCCUGCAUGACCUUCUACCCCCAGACUGAAUGUCCAAGAAAAGGAACAUUUCUUG